GUUUAAUUGCUCGUGACAGCUCCAGACAAAAGAGGCCAGAAACGCAGUACGCAUACCACAUUUUGCCACAAAAUGGCGCUUACUACGUUAUUUGAGUGGUUUGGCUAUGUGUUGUGUUUUCUUACUAUCCUCCCGUCAGCGCAAUGUCGCAACUGUACUAAGGAUGACUACAAGCCUUACAUAACGCCCUGUGACAUAAACACACAAACUCGUUCAAUCGUCUAUUACCUCAAUACAGAUUGCAAAGGAGGUGUAGCUCCUCAGGCUCCACAAACAAAUAUACCCUGUGAUUGCCCUCAAGGAAGUGGACUUUCUGGAAGCCUCGGCUCUACUCAGUGUACACCAUGUGAAGUUGGAUCCUAUGGGCCAGGGGGAGAAAUCAUCAACAACUGGAAAAACUGGACUAAGAAUGGUACUGUGCCCCCAGAAGGAUCAGGCAUUGUUACAUUCUGUGAAGCUGAACGUCAAUAUGUUCAGCCUUGUCGCCCAUGGAAAGUAAGCGCUGAUGAAUAUACCAUUAACUCAGGGGAUAAUUCAUUAACACGAUGUAUGUCAUCUGUCUUGCUUAUGACAAAGAAGUUUGUUAUGAGUGUCAGUCAAGUUAGUUUUGAGUAUCGCGUAGACAGUCGAAACUGCAGGGGGCCUGGCUACUUAGGGUGCGAUGGUUUGGCAUUUUUUGUGGAUAACAAGGAACUGCUGACAUACAGUGGAAACAAAUUCAAUUGGGUCAACGUUACAUACAAUUUGACAAAGGGAACUCAUACACUUAAAUGGGUCUAUCGCAAAAGGUGCUUUAGUUUUGGAACAUAUUCCUACAUAGACAAGGCCUUCAUCCGAUCCAUAAUGUUGGUUGGCAAUGAAGAACCAGAUGUGAGAUGUAAGAAAUGUCCACCAGGUUUUUUUGGUACUAAAAAAAAUUCUGCAAGUUGUAUGUCAUGCUCAUAUUUCCAGUAUCAAGAUAAGGAAGGCCAGAGCAGGUGCAAGACUUGUCCAGAAAACACAUAUGCUAUGCCAGGUGCAUCACGAUGUAUUCCUCUACUAAACUGCACUUCUGAUGAUAUCAUUGCUGCUCCAGGAGAUGUGAAUUCAUGCUCAUGUGAACCAUCACCAAAUGGUUUUGAGUGUAAUACAACAGUGAAGCCUGAAUAUAUCAAAGUUCAUGUUGCAAAUGUCAGCGAUCCCAGGCGUCUUUGCGAUUCAGCAGGGAAUCCCAGUCUUGAACCAAUUCGGUAUCAAUGUAAAUGCGAGGGUGGGUUUGAGAUCGUGAAUGGAACCGGAGGAAAGCUGCAGUGCAAACCGUGUGAAACUGGGUUCAAGUCACGUGGAGUCAAAUGCGAGACCUGUGAGGCCGGUCAUGUGGCGUUGCCAGGGAAACAUUACAGUGUCUGGAGAAAAGACACACUACCUGAGGGGUUCACCGCUAAUUGUGUCGGGGAUUGCGCUGUGAAGAGUGGCUGGAUACCUUCUGGUCAUGUAAUCCGAACAGCACGUGUUGUUGGAAAUGUGCGUACUUAUCUGCAGUCAUCAGAAUUUACUAUGGACUCCGAGUUAGCGAAAAUCGAUUUUAACUGCUCCAUCACCUGUAAUGUGACUGGUGUUUCACAAAAAUCUAUGCCAGGGGAACAUCUCGCUAACAUCCAAGACUGUAACUUAGUAUUUCAAGUUUGGAGUAACAACACGAUUGUGGACGAACUAAACUGCACGCGUCCUAAGGGAAGAUAUGUCUACAGGCAUGAAAAUAAACGUGACGGCAGAGUUUUUAGACAUGUUUACCCGCUCAAGAAAGGACGCUUUUCCUUCAGAUGGGUUUUCAUCCAACAAGACGAGACACGAAUGCUUUCCACUGCUUUUGAAGGAAAGCUCUACAAUAUCAGUGUACUUGGGGUGCAGAACGGAACAGCCAAGAACUGCACAGCAUGCCCAGCAGGGUACCAUAGUAACCAAGGCAACACUGAUUGCACAAUAUGUCCAAACGGAACCAGUAGUCCAACUGGAGCAAAAAGUUGUAUAUCCUGCAAAGAAGGAACCUUUGCUGCUGCGAAGGGAAGUUCGCAGUGUCUUCCGUGCGGUCAAAACACGAAAUCGUUUCCAGGUAAAGAUGGCUGUGACACGAACAACUGUAUGUUCAAGCCUGCGGAUGAUGUCGUGUAUGACCUCAAUAAACUCUCCCGCCCUGGAGGGCCGAUGAUUGAAGCACUGUUCUAUCGCCCAAGUUUACCUUGGAGACCACGACGUUUGAGUAUUUGGCCUUACCCCAGAGCUAUUUACUUCAAUCUCUGUACCCUUGAUCAUGACAACUCUUCGUGUGUUUACCGUAAUCGGUUAAACAGAGUGCACACUCCCCGGCCUGUGAUGUCGUGCAGGUCGUCGUGGUUUACAUAUGACACAGAUUUAGGCUCCGUGAUUGGCUACCGAAAAAAAUCCGACGUCAAAUCGGGUUUGUUCGUGGACCUGCUGAACGGGGACAAAUGUUACCAGAGAGGUAAGGGAAACACGCGCUAUCAGACCACCCUCGACCUCAGGUGUGACGUAAGAGCGGGUGUCGGUAACCCAGCCCCCGAAAACAAUUACACGAGCCCGAUGCGCGGUGGCUGUAAAUUCUACUUCGUGUGGAAGUCGUUGUACGCAUGCCCAAAAUGCCGUGACAGUGAUGUGAAUAGAAUUAUCGGCGAAUGCAUCAACGGAAUGCGUAAUGUGACCUACGUACGCAAAGUGCCUUGCUGGAGGCCUGGGAAUGAUUCGGGGCUUCCAACGACUAAUGCAACAGAAAAAUGCGAGACACCGACGUCGACUGUUAUAGUAACUGUCAAAGUGAAGGAAAAUGGUACAGUGGCGUAUCAAGUACUAAAAGAAAACAAAGCCAAUAUAGCUUUGAUUGGUGUAGGAGUCGUCAUUAUCGUUAUCCUGGUGGGUGUGGCAGCAUUCUUUGUGUACAAGCAUCGAGCGUUGAAGUAUCGUUAUUACGGCAUGUUGGCGAGAAACAAACCCAUGAGCCGCCUUGAGGAAGAAGACGAAAGUAAUUUUAUCCACGACGAUGAGCUAGCACAACCCUUCGAUGAGAUGUCACCAAGUGUGAAGACCUAGACAACUUCGUAUAUUCAUCCCUUUAGCCCACUCCAUGACUGAAAGUUUACUUUUUUUUGAAUGCAGUGUUAUUUUGACGCUGAGUCACUUAGACUGGUUUUUCCCUCUUAAUUAGUGUGCUCAAGAAACCAUAUAAUUUUCACCUCUGCCUUUAAAAUCUCCACCUGGCUACGGGCAAAACUACUCUGGUUAUCGCAACAAACCAUUUUUUAAUUCAAGCAGGUCUUUUUCUGAAACUUCUUAUUGUUAAAACAUAUCGCCAAGAGAUGGAUCAAAGGGAAAAGAGGCUUAAUUACGUCAUGGAUGAGCGGCCAAGCUGUUAAGCACGAUUCAAAAUGGCGACGGUCAGUCGUGUAAUUUCAUCUCAAGUUUUUAAUGGCGGAUAUGAAAAUUAUAUCGUAUCUGAAGUAUGUUCCUUCAUUAAUGAAAAAGACAAGCUCAAGAUUUAUAUGGGUGGGUAGUGGCCGAGGGACAAAAGUUUCAAUAACUUUUCCCAUAAGCGGCUGCCGAUGAAAUAAUGUUAAAGGUGGGUUUGCCCGAAAAGGAGCCGUAAGGGGGAUCCUAAGGAUAAGGAGACAGCGGUAGACCGUCUACAGUCAGCGGUAGACCGCUGGUAACCGGCCUUUAUUGAAUCUCUGGUGAAAGAAGAAAGAAAAAUUGAGAGUUAGCCUUAAUUGUUUAAUGUGAGCACAACUCUUAUAAUACCCUUUUGAAAAUAUGGAUGAAUUUUAUGAUUGUGAUCAAGUACUUGUGAAAAACAAACUGGUUUAACCUCUUCGCUCAAAGUUAGCAGUUGUACAUGUCAAAUUGUACAGUAUAUAUGGCUCCUGCCUGCGAAGUUACAGAGAUAAGACCGAUAUAUGAUAUCGUCGUUCGCACUUGUUGUCAUAACAACAUCAGCGACACACUAGCCCCCGCCUUGAAUGUCUCGUUUUUUGUUCUUUCAACAGAUGUAUCACCAUGCUAUGUAUUUCCAACUAGAUUGCAAAUUCAUCGCUCAAUAAAGAUGAAAACUUGCUUUUUUUUGCUAGCCAACUUUUACUCGGUUUUUUAUGACGCAUAUAUAGGAACAAAGUUCAAGGAAUCUAGUAAUUGGUGUAUGAUCUUUUAUUUUAUCGUGUUGUUUUAUUUCUUACUCUGUAACACAGUUUAAAUUAAGUUUUAUCUUGCUUGUUUUGCCUUUCAAACUUUUCAACGUAGUUGGGUUUUUUUAAGUAGACAGAAUUUUCUGUUUUGCAUUGAAAAUAGAGUAAAUUUUGUUUUUAUUUGAGAGUAAAGAAAGACAUCUCAUUUAACGUAUCCUUGUGAAAUAACUCUGAUCUUUCGGUGUUUUUUGUGAUUGGAUUGGAUAAAUGACUUUAAAAGUUAAUCAGUGGAAUUCUUUGAUAUAAUUUUAGCUGUAAUUUUAUGAAUUGAAAGUGAUGUAGAUAGCAAACGUCUUAGUCUGAUUUUUUAUUCGGUGCAAAAUUCUGUUUUCUUUGAGCUCUUUUUGUGAUAAGACCAAAUACUGCUGUACGUGUUAUUAGGUUUAAAACACCGAAAAAUGCUGAAUUUUAUCACCAUAAAAGUUAAUCAACGACUUGUACAUCUUUUAAUAGUGAGAUCUAAUGGCGUGUCAAGUUGGAUUCUAUGUGUUCAGACCUUUUUUUAAGUUAAGGAAAACUUGUAUUAAUAAAGUAUUAAUGUAUCAAUGAUUUAGAAUUCCUUUCGCCGACUGUAAGUUAUAGUUGUUUAUUUGUGUGGAAGAGAUUUUCAAUCACCGUAUUUAGUUCCUCUCGUUAAAUGUUUGAUUAAACUUGAAGUAGAAAUAUUUAAAA